CUUACUCUGAAAGUAAAGUUUGUCAGAGUGGCAGCCACGCAGCAGUCGAGUCAAAUCUCUGUUUCUCUCUAAAAGAAAAUUCAAACUGAGUUCAUCAGGUCUUUCUCAGCAACACAGCAGUCUCUGCCAAAUACUGAUAUGGCUGCUGCAAACUAUCUGCGAUCUGAAGAUCAGUUUCUGUGCUCCAUCUGUCUGGAUGUGUUCACUGAUCCUGUCACCACACCAUGUGGACACAACUUCUGCAAAAACUGCAUCACUCAACACUGGGAUACUAACGACCGGUACUGGUGUCCCAUAUGUAAGGAGGCUUUUACCACAAGACCUGAGCUGCACGUCAACACUUUCAUCUCUGAGAUGGUUGCUCAGUUCAGACAGUCAGCUCAACAGGAAGCCAGCAGCAGCAGCAGCUCAGAGACACAAGUGUCCAAACCAGGAGAAGUUCCCUGUGACGUCUGCACUGGAACCAAACUGAAGGCCCUGAAGUCCUGCCUGGUGUGUCUGGCCUCCUACUGUGAGACUCACCUGCAGUCUCAUCUGACAGCUUCACGUCUGAAAAGACAUCAGCUGAUCGACCCUGUGGAGAACCUGGAAGACAGGAUGUGUAUGAAGCACGAUAAACCUCUGGAGCUGUUCUGUAAGACCGACCAGACAUGUGUCUGCGCGCUCUGCACUGUUUUAGACCACAAGACACAUGAGUUUGUUCCUCUGAAGGAAGAAUGUGGUGGAAAGAAGGCCGAGCUGGGGAAGACAGAGGCUGAAAUUCAGCAGAUGAUCCAGAAGAGACGACUGAAGAUUCAGGAGAUCAAACGCUCGGUUGACCUCGGUAAGGAAGAUGCAGACAGAGCGAUAGCAGAAGGUGUUCAGGUCUUCACUUCUCUGAAGGAGUCUGUUGAGAGAGGCCAGGCCAAUCUCAUCCACACGAUCAAAGAGAAGCAGAAUACAACAGAGAAACAGGCCGAAGCUUUCAUCAAAGAGCUGGAACAGGAAAUCUCUGAGCUGAUGAAGAGAAGGACUGAGGUGGAGCAGCUCUCACGCUCUGAAGACCACCUCUUCCAGAGUUUCCAGUCCCAAAACACCCACCACCCACCAUCCACCAAGGACUGGACAGAGGUCAGUGUCCGUCCACCAUCAUAUGAGGGGUCUGUGGUGAGAGCUGUGGCUCAGCUGGAGGAGACACUCAAUAAAGAGAUGAGGAAGCUGCUCCCUGAGUCAGACCUGAAGAGGGUCCAGCAGUAUGCAGUGGAUGUGACUCUUGAUCCUGAUACAGCAAAUCCUGAACUCAUCCUGUCUGAUGAUGGGAAACAAGUGAAUCAUUGUGAUGUGAAGAAGAAUCUUCCAGACAACCCAAAGAGAUUUUCUACUGGUCUCUGUGUUUUAGGAAAGCAGAGUAUCUCUUCAGGCAGAUUUUACUUUGAGGUUCAGGUUAAAGGAAAGACUAAAUGGACUUUAGGAGUGUGCAGAGAGUCGAUCAACAGGAAGGGAGACAUCACACUGAGCCCUGAGGAUGGUUACUCGACGAUACGUUUGACAAUUGGAAAGGAGUACAUAGCUUUUAAUGACCCUCCAGUCCGUCUCUCUCUGAAGUCUCAGCCUCAGAAGGUGGGGGUGUUUGUGGAUUAUGAGGAGGGUCUGGUCUCCUUUUAUGACGUAGAUGCUGCAGCUCUUAUCUACUGCUUUACUGGCUGCUCCUUCACUGAGAAACUCUUCCCAUACUUCAACCCAGGUCUGAAUGAUGGUGGUAAAAACUCUGCAACUCUGAUCAUCUCUCCUGUCAGAGUAAACUAAUCACUUAUCUUACUUCAUGUAUUGAUUUAUUUUUAUUCAAGGGAGGAAAUGUACAUAUUUAGUGUCAACACUAUGCUUUCUUAUUCUAUAUCUUAUUUCUUAUUCUAUAGAUUCUGUUUACUGUGGUGAUUGAUUUACAUUUCAAUAUAACCAUUUCAACAAAGUGAAGACUUUGGAGUGGCCUAGUCAAAGUCCUGACCUGAAUCCUAUUGAGAUGCUGUGGCGUGACCUUAAAAAGGCAGUUCAUGCUCGAAAACCCUCUAAUGUGGCUGAAUUACAACAAUCCUGCAAAGAUGAGUGGACCAAAUUUCCUCCACAGCGCUGUAAAAGACUCACUGCAAGUUAUCGCAAAUGCUUGAUUGCAGUUGUUGCUGCUAAGGGUGGCCCAGCCAGUUAUUAGGUUUAGGGGGCAAUCACUUUUUCACACAGGGCCAUGUAGGUUUGGAUUUUGUUUUCCAUUAAUAAUAACAACCUUCAUUUAAAAACUGCAUUUUGUGUUUACUUGUGUUAUCUUUGACUAAUAUUUAAAUUUGUUUGAUGAUCUGAAACAUUUAAGUGUGACAAACAUGCAAAAUAAAUAAGAAAUCAGGAAGCGGGCAAACACUUUUGCACACCACUGUAUAUCCAUUCUGCAUAAUGAGUACUUUUACCUUUGGUAUUUUAAGUAUAUUUUGAUGCUAAUACGUUUGUACUUUUACUUAAAUAAAAUUUUGAAUGCAA